UUUGUUUGUUCCAGGCAGGCUACCGACCUGUUAAAGCUUCCUACCCCCUUCCCCACUCUCUCUCUCUCACACACUAACACACACCCCACCUCUUUCUCUCUCUAGAAACUCAACCAUCUAAACGCGUCCGUGGGGGUAACUCUAACCCCCCAUUUUCAAUUUUGACUUGUGGGGCUCAUAUCUUUUCGAAAUCAGCUUCAAUUUUGAACUGGGUUUGAAUCUUUUCAAGUCUUUUUCAUGAUUACAUCGAAUAAUAUUACCGUUAGGGUUUGAUAAAUUGUGGGUUUUUGUUUUCUUGAUCAGUUUUGUUCUGGGUGUUUGAUAAAGUUUCAAUCUUGAACAUGAAACGAAGUAAGUUAGACUGGUUUAUGUCGUUAAGACAGAAACGAUCGAUUCAGUUUUUGAUAUGUUUAGGGGUUUUGUAUCUUGUUAUGGUGGGUUUAGAACUACCGUUUGUGUCGAAAAUAGUUAGUCAAGAAGAUGAUUCUAGUGGUUUCUUCUUCACCGACAAGAUUUCGAAUAAACCUUACGUGUUGGAUAGUGAAGAAGAGUUGCAAGAAAAAGAAGCUCCGAUUCGGCCUCUAGAUGUCCCGCAAAUCGUUGCGAAAACCCCGUUGAAUUCGAGGGGUUUGAGUAGGAUUAGAAAGUUUGAAUCUUUAUCAAGUUUGAAUUUUGAUGUGAAUAGUUUGAGUGGUGAACCUAAGGAUGGGUUUGGGGAUAUUCAGAAGUCGGCAACCGAGGCGUUUUCGGUUGGGAAGAGGUUUUGGGAGGAGCUCGAAUCGGGUAAACUUAAGUUGCCAUCGGAGAACAGGAACAGGACAUCGAAUGAGAGUUGUCCGAAUUCGAUUACGUUGUCGGGGUCUGUGUUUCGAUCGAAAGGAAACAUUAUUGUGCUGCCCUGUGGGAUGACAUUGGGAUCACAUAUAACACUUGUGGGGAGGCCCAGAGAGGCUCACCCGGAGCAAGACCCGAAGAUUUCGUUGUUGAAAUCUGGUCAGUAUUUGAUGGUGUCACAGUUUAUGAUGGAGUUGCAGGGGUUAAAGACGGUUGAUGGCGAAGACCCACCGAGGAUUUUGCAUUUUAAUCCGAGGUUGAAGGGGGAUUGGAGUGGGAAGCCUGUGAUUGAACAGAAUACUUGUUAUCGGAUGCAGUGGGGUUCGGCUCAUCGAUGUGAAGGAUGGAAAUCCAAGGCUGAUGAAGAGACUGUUGAUGGUCAGGUGAAAUGUGAAAAAUGGAUCCGUGAUGACGAUGAUCACUCAGAGGAGUCAAAAUCGAGCUGGUGGUUAAACCGGCUCAUAGGGAGGACCAAGAAGGUGUCUUUUGACUGGCCUUACCCUUUUGCGGAAGGGAAGCUAUUUGUUUUAACUCUCAGUGCCGGAUUAGAGGGUUAUCAUGUUAACGUUGACGGAAGGCAUAUUACUUCAUUUCCUUAUCGAACCGGUUUUGCACUGGAGGAUGCGACGGGAUUGGCUUUGAACGGAGACAUUGAUGUGAAUGCUGUUUUUGCUGCUUCAUUACCGUCAACACAUCCUAGUUUUGCUCCUCAACGACACCUGGAAAUGUCGGAUAAAUGGCGGGCUCCACCUCUUCCAGAUGGGCCCAUCGAUAUGUUCAUUGGUGUUCUUUCAGCUGGGAAUCAUUUUGCCGAACGGAUGGCUGUCAGGAAGUCCUGGAUGCAGCAUAAUCUUAUUAAAUCUUCACAUGUUGUUGCUCGUUUCUUUGUUGCAUUGCAUGCAAGAAAGGAAGUGAACAUUGAAUUAAAGAAAGAGGCGGAAUUCUUUGGGGACAUUGUGAUUGUGCCGUAUAUGGAUAAUUAUGAUCUUGUUGUAUUGAAAACCGUUGCAAUAUGUGAAUACGGGGUUCGUACAGCAUCUGCCAAGUAUAUCAUGAAGUGUGACGAUGACACGUUUGUCAGAGUGGACGCUGUUUUAAACGAAGCAAAGAAAAUAGGCGAUGGCAAGAGCUUGUAUGUUGGAAAUAUUAAUUACUAUCAUAAGCCCCUACGAUAUGGUAAAUGGUCCGUCACAUAUGAGGAAUGGCCCGAAGAAGAUUAUCCACCAUAUGCAAACGGCCCAGGCUACAUUCUAUCAUCAGACGUUGCUGAUUUCAUCGCAACCGAAUUCGACAAACAUAAACUGAAGCUAUUCAAGAUGGAAGACGUGAGCAUGGGAAUGUGGGUAGAACAAUUUAACACCACAAAACGCGUGGAAUACGUGCACAGUUUGAAGUUCUGCCAAUUCGGUUGCAUAGACGAUUACUAUACCGCACACUAUCAAUCUCCGAGACAAAUGUUAUGCAUGUGGAACAAGUUACAGCUUUACGGCCGCCCUCAAUGCUGCAACAUGAGAUGACGCUCGCCAACUUUUUUCUUUAUGAUCAUGGCAUAUUAGGUUCGAGAAAAAGUGUGGGCCGAUCAAGAAAGGUCUGUUAAGGAUUCUUUGAUUAUUUUCGUUCUUUGUCUCCCCUUCUUUCUUAGAUGGGUGUUACUGUUUGCUUUGAUUAUACAUGUCCUGUGCACGGGGAAGUUUUGGUACGACGGGUCGUUGUAAUUUACUGUAAAACAUGUUGGAUCUUAAUCUAAGAAGUACAUCUUUCCCCUUCCAUGAUCGAAA